CUCCGACCGCUUCCGGCCGCGCAGGCGUCCUGGGAUGCGAGCCGGAUUUGGUGGUCGCCAGGCGUUUUGUUAAAGGAAGACCCUGUCUGCUGCGUGGGGAAUGGAUUGGAACACAGAAAGACCAUGCAGGAAUCAGCUAUAGAAGGCCAGUGUGCUAUGUGAAUGCAGUAUCUCCAGAGGCCAGAAGACACCAUCAGAUCUCCCGAGACUGGAGUUCUAGAGGUUGUGACCUGCCAGGUGGACCCAAGCAGGUCUCUGAGGGACGCAGGCAUGUGGAUGGAGACCCUGCUGGGAGAAAAAAGAAACGGUUGAAGGGACUGACAUGGGACAGCAACAUGGAACCAGGAAUGGUCUCACCCACAGAGAAGUCCCCCGGGGCGUGGGGCUGCUGCUCGCCAUGGCCCUUAUGAACGUGCUCCUCUACCUGUGCCUCGAUCACCUUUUCAUCUCCCCUGGACGAUCCUCCGAGGACUCUGGGCACUGUCCUCCAGGUUACUUCAGAAUGGGACGGAUGAGAAACUGCUCGCGCUGGUUGUCCUGUGAGGAGCUGAGGACUGAAGUCAGGCAGCUGAGGCGCGUCGGGGAGGGAGCCGUCAAGAGAGUCUUUCUGUCAGAAUGGAAGGAACACAAAGUGGCUCUCUCCCGGCUCGCCAGGCUGGAGAUGAAGGAUGACUUCUUGCAUGGACUGCAAAUGCUGAAGUCUCUACAGAGUGAGCACGUGGUCACGCUGGUGGGCUACUGUGAGGAAGACGGGACUAUUCUCACCGAGUAUCACCCCUUAGGUUCCUUGAGCAACCUGGAAGAAACACUAAACCUUUCAAAGUACCAAGACGUGAACACUUGGCAGCAUAGGCUGCAGCUGGCCAUGGAGUACAUCAGCAUCAUUAACUACCUGCACCACAGCCCCGUGGGCACGAGGGUCAUGUGUGACUCUAACGACCUGCCCAAAACAUUAUCCCAGUAUCUGCUAACGAGUAACUUCAGCAUUGUGGCAAAUGACCUGGACGCGCUGCCCCUGGUGGACCACGACUCUAGGGUACUUGUAAAGUGUGGCCACAGGGAGCUCCACGGGGAAUUCGUGGCUCCGGAGCAGCUGUGGCCCUAUGGAGAAGACACAGCCUUCCAAGAUGAUCUCAUGCCCUCCUACGAUGAGAAGAUUGACAUCUGGAAGAUUCCGGAUGUCUCCAGUUUCCUUUUGGGGCACGUGGAAGGGAGUGAUAUGGUUAGAUUCCAUUUGUUUGAUAUCCAUAAGGCGUGUAAGAGCCAGAUCCCUGCAGAGAGACCCACUGCUCAGAAUGUUCUAGACGCUUACCAGAAGGUUUUCCAUUUACUCCGAGACACGGUGAUGUCGCAGACAAAAGAAAUGCUGUAAAAAUGAGCCGUGAGUGAUGUGCUUUACGGCUGCUGUAAAAAUGAGCUGUUGAGUGAUGUGCUUUACGGCUGAGUGGCAUCCCAGCUGUUCUUGGUGAUGGAGGAGCUUUGGGUGGGUGGAUGGAUGUUGACUCUGGCUCUUCAGCCACGUAGCCCCUUCUCUACAUCUGCCUACCCAUUUGAGUGUUCUGCUCUCCUGGCAACCUGGAUAGAAGCUGCCGGACGAGAACGCCUUGCUUUACUGUGCUUUCUGGUGUAGACGCAAGGGAUUUGUGGGUCGGCACAGAGUUAAGGGGUGUGAGCAAAUGGUAACCUUGAAGACAUGUUGCCUGCCCUGGUAACCGUUUUUACAGACUAGUAAGAAACAGACGUCUUUCAGUGACCGUUUGUGGGAAAAAAACAAAACAAAAAAACCAACCCACUAUUUCCUCAGACAAUUUAUCCUAAUUCAAAGAGUCCUGUUUGAAGCUGGGGAUGUUUUUAACUCAGUGUCAGGGCACUUGCCUGGUUCUGUACAAAGCCUUGGGUCUGACCCAUAGCAUGUACAUACAUACUCAUGCUCAAACGAAGAAAAUCCUGGAUGCCAAAAGUGUGCCCCCUUUCUUGUCAAUGAGGUCAUUGUCAGUGUUGGGGAUGAUUUUCUAUGAAGCGUUUAUGGUGACUCCUGUCACUGAGCCAAGUGUGACGGUCUUUAGCUGCUCUGUGGGUUCUACUUUCUUCCCUUUCCACCCCCUAAUACUUGAUAGGAGAGAAAAGAGAGAAAGGAAAGUGGGCGACGUUAUUGUUAAGACUACUUCCUACUGAUUAGGGGCCGUCAAGUUUCUUGGAGCAGUGAUCCUUGCUGUCAGGAUAUCUAAUUUCUUCUUGUUUCUUCUUUGCGCAUGCCUGCUUCACAAACAGAGACAAACAACAAACAACCCACUCCAUCUCUCGGGAGCCCUAGCAUUUAUAUACUUAUGAAAAGUCCCCAGAAUGCCAAACCACACAAUCACAGAAAUUAUCUGCAGCUGGCAAAACUACACCCAUGUAGAGCAUGAGACAAAUCAUAAUCAGCUGCUGUGAAUAACCUGAAGCAUCCCACACCUAGGAUUAAAACAAAAACAUCUGUGUGUGUGUGUGUUUAAAAAAACAAAACCAGUGCACCGUGAGAUAGCAUGCUCUUGAGAUUGUGAAUGUCUAGAAAUGUUUGUAACAGCAAGUUGAAGGAACUUUCUUACCUGCCUUGGAUGGUGCUUUGAAAUUCCUGCUGAAAAAAAAAAAAAAAAAA